AUGUCACUACCGAGAAUAAUAUCCCAAGUCGUCUUCCUAGGAGCUCAGAUACUGGGCAGAGCUUUCGUCGAAGCUUACAAACAGGCUGCAGCCAAUGCAGCAAAGAAUGCAGCGACGAAUGCAGCCUCUCGGUCCGCAGAUGCUAUAACUAGGACGACGGGGAUGACGAUAGAGGAGGCUGCUCAGAUACUCAAUGUGAAGCGAGAGGCAAAUUUGGAAGAGGUUAUGAAGAAAUACGAACACCUAUUCAAAUCAAACGAGCCAAGUACAGGUGGAUCGUUCUACAUACAGUCCAAAGUGUUUAGAGCUAGAGAGAGGCUAGAAAUGGAGUUUAAGGAAAGAGGAAUACCGUUAGAAGAAGCUGCAGAAGCCAAACCACCACAGCCAACACCACCAUCUCAGUAA